AUGGUAGCCCUGAAUGUUCCUCUAGAAAACACUCUGUGUGAACGGUACUCGUCAUACUGGAAAUUAGCUAGAAUUACUGCCUACAUCUUACGGUUUUUCAACCGCUGCAAAUCGAAGAAUCAACGCCCGAAGGAAAUGUUCAUCACGGUAUUAGAGUUGCAAGCAGCAAAAGAAGCAUUGGUGAAAGGAGUGCAGCAACAAGAAUUUUCAUCGGAGCUGCAGGCGUUAAAACUAAACCACCAAGUCCCAUCCAAAUCCCCAUUGAAACAGCAUUGCUUAAUCCUCGACACAAAAGGCAUUAUUCGUGUCGGUGGUCGGAUCCAACACUCAGAUGCAUCUUACCAAACCAAGCACCCUAUGGUACUACCUAGCAAUCAUGCCCUUUCUCGCCUAAUUGCAGAGCAUUACCAUACUCAAUCAUUUCACUCUGGCCCUCGAAUGACACUGGCUUCAAUGCGACAAGAAUUCUGGCCUAUACGCGGUAAAGAUCUAGCCAAUUUUGUAUGUCGCAAAUGCACAAAAUGCUUUCGCCAUCGCCCUGUUCCUAUUAACCAACCAAUCGGACAGCUCCCGAGUACUCGCAUAACUCCUAGUCGGCCAUUCACAAUUACGGGGGUGGAUUAUUGUGGCCCAGUAUACCUCAAACCAGUACAUCGCCGAGCCGCCCCAAAGAAAGCCUUCAUCGCAGUUUUUGUGUGUUUCGCAUCUAAAGCCGUGCAUUUGGAAUUGGUCUGCGACCUUUCAACGGAUGCCUUUAUUGCUGCCUUACGUCGUUUUAUUGCACGCCGCGGACUCCCAGCUGAGAUUCACUCGGACAACGGAACCAACUUCCAAGGCGCACGAAACUCACUAGCAUCACUCUUUCGUUUACUGAAUGAUAAACACGACCAAGAGAAAAUUAUCAACGAGUGCACUAACAGAGGAAUAAAAUGGAAAUUCAUUCCCCCCAGAGCACCAAAUUUCGGUGGACUGUGGGAGGCAGCCGUGAAAACUGCCAAAAGCUCCUUAUCUAAAACGAUGGGAAAUGUGAAGUUAACAUAUGAAGACUUCGCUACGCUUCUAACACAAAUCGAAGCCAACAUGAAUACUCGCCCGCUUACACCACUUUCCGAAGACCCAAACGAGCUCGAUGUCCUGACUCCCGGGCACUUCCUAACAGGAACGUCACUGAUGUCCUUGCCGGAUCCCGACUAUACAAACGUUCCGGCCAAUCGAUUAAAACACUAUCAACAACUACAACAUAUGGUACAGCAGCAUUGGAUAAGGUGGAAAAAGGAAUACCUUACGGAGCUCAACACUCAACAGAAGCAAUCUUCUUCUCCGGUGAAUUUCGUCGUUGGCCAGUUAGGGCUAGUGCAGGAGGACAAUAAACCUUCUAUCGUGUGGCCACUCGCAAGGAUUGUGGCAACUCACCCUGGAGAAGAUGGAUACACGCGUGUGGUAACCUUAAAAACAGCAACUGGAACCUACAAAAGACCAGUACGCCGAAUAUUCCUGCUUCCUUUCAACCGAGACCUGGUCCAACAGGAGGAUUUACACAAGGCAGGAAACAUAGGAGGAAACUAA